GUGCUGUUGAGAGAAGCAUGAGCGCGUCUGUAGCUGUACAGAGGUUGGCGGCUGUUAGCGGGGCUCUGGCAGUCAGUGCCGGUGCAUAUGGGGCUCAUGGCUUCAGACUAAGUAACAGGGAUGAGUACCAGAGAGAGCUCUAUAGCACGGCCAACACCUAUCAUUUCUACCACAGUCUGGCUCUGUUAGGAGCCUCUCGGUGCAGAAAGCCAGCUCUGGCUGGCGCUGUUCUCGUGGCGGGCAUGGGCUGUUUCUGUGGUCCCCUUUACCACCAGGCUCUGACAGGUGAUCCUUCCUUUGGAAAGCUGGCACCCAUCGGGGGUGUACUUUUUAUCGCCGGCUGGCUGGCUAUGGCGCUCUGAGAUUUGUCCUACAAUUUCUCAGCCUCCUGGCAUUUUGACCAUUGCACUUGAUUCAGCUUGAUUACUAAAGACGAAGUGAAGAUACAGUAUGUUGCCGAGGGUGGAGUUGCUCACUCAUUCCUGAAAAAUAAAAAUAAAGAGAUGAUCAUUUUAUACUGGUAUAAACUCUUGGUGAAGCUGUAUUUAGUAUGAAUAAGUAAUAAAGGUAAUCAAGUGUGAUUUUUGCUCAAGUUCUACACUGAAAUGUAUUAGGACAGUGGUAGCUUGGUGGUAUAAUCAUAUGGUUGUCGAAUCAAACCCCACCACUGCCAGGUUGCCACUGUUGGGCCCUCGGGCAAGGCCCUAAUCCUUAAUUGCUUGAGUUGCGCUCAGUCAUAAUUUUAAGUUGCUUUGGAUAAAAACAUCUGCUGAAUGCUGGAAAUUUGAAGUAUUAAGUUGUUAUUUUAAUCUUUUAAAGACUUUUCACUUUUCAAGAUACACUAUAUAGUGAAAAGUAUUUGGACACUUCACCAUGACAGUGUUGGAUAUUCUAUCCCAAAACUUUAGGUGUUAAUAUAAAGUUAGAUGGACGUAGGACUGGGCAGUAUGACCAAAAAUUUUUAUUAUGGUAUUUUUUAAGAUUCUUACAGUUUCACGGUAUAUCACGGUAUGUUUUUUUUUUUUGUCUACUGUCAUAAGUACAUAGAAUAUAAAAAGUUUUAAUUUCACCGUGAAUAUAAUGAAGGUUUUGAGUACUAUAAGCUUUGCUUAGCCCCACAAAAUUACACAAUAUAUGAUGCAAUUGUUUAUUUAACAUUUGAGUAUUGUACAAUUACCCUUAGCUCUCCCUUUAACAAAUAAAGUGACGUUUGCAAACUCCACUGCACAA